UUAGAGGUGGAAUAUACCUGUCGUCCAGGUUACAUGAAAAAUCUCCGUGUCAAAAGUACUUUGGUUUGUAAAAAUAAUAAGUGGAGAGGACCAGACGACAUUUGUUUACCAAGGUUAUGCAGAUAUCCUCGAGAGCCGGCCAACGGCAGAAUCCUGCUAGCAGAAAAAUUCAGUCUGGGUUCAACAGCAACCUUCAUCUGUGAUCCUGGGCACCGACUGGUUGGAAAUUCUGAAAUUCAGUGUGUGAUUAAAAAUGGGCUUGUUACAUGGGACAGGGAGAUUCCGUUCUGUGAACCAAUCCCAUGCCCGCCCCCUCCGGAUAUCGCUAACGGAGAGUACAGUGGAACCAUCAAAGGGGAGUUCAGUUAUGGCACGACUGUCACUUACCGCUGUGACCCCGUCAGGAGAGGAGAGACCCCGUUCUCGCUCAUCGGAGAUGCCUCCAUUCACUGCACGACCACAGACGACCUGAACGGGGUCUGGAGCAAACCUGCCCCCGAGUGCAAAGUGGUUCGCUGUGAGCGACCAAAUAUUGACAAUGGAAUUGUGUUGAGCAGUUACAGACCGGAGUACACGUACAAAGACACCGUCAUGUUUGACUGUAACCACCGCUACACCAUGAAUGGCAGCGACACAUCAACGUGCACAGAAAACAGCGUUUGGGAGCCCCCCCUGCCAGUUUGUCAGCGAAGUAGCUGUGAUGACCCUCCUGAUAUAUAUAAUGCUGUUAAAAGACACGUUGUUGGCAAUUUAUUUCCUGUUAAGACUGUAGUUACAUAUGAGUGUAAUGUGGGCCAUGAGUACAGCCCUGGAGAAAACACAUGGAAUAUCGAAUGUCUGCCGGAUUUGACAUGGACUGAAGUUUCACAUUCUUGUGAAAGAGUUCGUUGUCCAGCGCUGGAUGUCAAAUAUGGAAAGCAUAUGCAUGUAUGGGGAUUUAAAGAAAAUAACUAUGUGUAUGGAGACCGCGUUCGAAUUACAUGUAAUGAUGGCUACACUUUCAAAGAUCAUGUCAGUGAGGUUGUGCUCGAGUGCACGACGAGUGGUGCGUGGGAUCCUCAAGUACCCGAGUGCGUGCCAGAACUUCAUUGUCCAGAACCAGUCAUCGAUCAUGGAAGAGCAGAUUAUAAGAGCAGGGAGGUCUACACCCCUCGGACCCGAGUGACACUAACGUGCGAUUCCGGCUACGUCCUCCUAGGCCAGGCCUCCAUCGAGUGCCAGGCUGACAGGAGCUGGGCUCCUCAGCUGCCCUUUUGUGAGAAAGUCUGUGGCCCACCUCCAAAAAUCAAGCAUGGGCAGCACUCGGGCUCGAGAAAAGAGCAAUUCCUCUACGGCUCCAAAGUCACGUACAGCUGCGCAGAGGGGCUGUCCCUCGUUGGGGAGUCCUCCCUGUACUGCACGUCCGUGGAUGGGGAGAACCUGACGUGGAGCGGAGCUGCCCCGGAGUGCAGAGUGGUUCGCUGCCCAAAGCCGGUGAUCGCCCACGGAGGGAUGUCCCGGCCACAGCACACGUUCCCCUACGGGGAGGCCGUGGGGUUUUCCUGCGACGAAGGCUACGAGCUGCACGGCAGCAACAGGAGCGAGUGCGGGGCUGACAGCGCCUGGCACCCGCCCCUGCCCACCUGUGAGCCAGGUACUUGCAAGGAGCCCCCCAAAAUUCCCAAUGCUUUCCAGAAGUCCUCCGUGGGGGCCUUGAUUCCCGCCGGGACCACCGUUGAGUACGACUGCCUCAGAGGCUACGAGCUCGUCCCAGGAAUGGCCUCGGCUCGGGUCCUUUGCCUGGAGAACUUCACGUGGUCUCCAGUCGAGAACUUCUGCCAGAAAGUUCGUUGUCGCAACCCAAACAUCACCAAUGGAGUGCAGAUCCCGAAGCCAAGGCCUGGAGAAGACACGUAUGAGUACGGAGACGCGGUUUCCAUUGAGUGCAACCCUGGGUACGGCCUCAAAGGAGGGAACCUACGUGCCCUGGCGCGGUGCCGGUACGACGGGAGCUGGGAUGCUGCCCUGCACGUGUGUGAACCAGUUUGUGAGCAGCCCCCGAAUAUUCCUCAUGGGAGACACACCAGCUGGACAGGGAAGAAGUUUUUUAUUGGGAUGUCAGUGAUGUACACGUGUGACAGAGGCUACACGGUUGUUGGGGAGCCUCUUAUAUUUUGUCAAGCUGGAGAUGGGGUACCUGCAAACUGGAGUCACGCUCCCCCUGAGUGUGCAGGUCGCUGUCCCUCCCCUCCUGCCGUCGAACACGCAAACCUGAACCCACAGUUGAACUUGCUGGUGGGCAGCACCAUAACCUACUUCUGCAAAUCCGGAUACACUUUGCUGCCUGGAGUGUCUGCAGAAAGUACCUGUCUUAAAAACUUCACCUGGUCCAAACUUCCAAAGCUUUGUCAGAGGAUUCACUGCCCAAACCCAACUAUUAACCACGGGAGGCAGACCAGCCCCACGCAGGCUGCGUACAGCUUUGAGGACACUGCGGAAUUCCGGUGUGAUCCUGGCUACGUGCUCAAAGGCACCCAGAGGAUUCAGUGUUGGUCGGAUGGGACGUGGCGGCCCCCGGUUCCCUACUGCGACAGGGUUUGUGACCAACCUCCAAAAAUCAAGAGUGGGCAGCACUCGGGCUUGAAAAUGCAGCACUACCCCUACGGCUCCAAAGUCACGUACAGCUGCGCAGAGGGGCUGUCCCUCGUUGGGGAGUCCUCCCUGUACUGCACGUCCGUGGAUGGGGAGAACCUGACGUGGAGCGGAGCUGCCCCGGAGUGCAGAGUGGUUCGCUGCCCAAAGCCGGUGAUCGCCCACGGAGGGAUGUCCCGGCCACAGCACACGUUCCCCUACGGGGAGGCCGUGGGGUUUUCCUGCGACGAAGGCUACGAGCUGCACGGCAGCAACAGGAGCGAGUGCGGGGCUGACAGCGCCUGGCACCCGCCCCUGCCCACCUGUGAGCCAGGGAAAUCCUGCGGCCGGCCGGGAGCGCUGCCCGGGGGCCGGAUCCUGCCCCCCUCCGAGCUGCUCUUCGGCGCCCGGGCCCGCGUGCGCUGCCACGACGGGUACAGGCUACGCGGGAGGGAUUUCAUCCAGUGCCAGCUUAAAGGAGCCGACGUCGCAUGGAGCAAGUUCCCCACUUGCGAGUUCACGUACAGCUGCCUGCAGGGCCUCACCAAGCUGCCCGGGAUGCCCGACACCACCGAGUGCCUCCCCACGGACCAGUGGUCCCCGCUCCGCGAGUUCUGCGACCGCUACGAGAAAACCAGCGAAAGGCUCCUCACCAGCACUUGUCUUGAAAAUGUAACGUGGACGGAAGUUCCUGAGUUGUGUCGAAAGAAAUCUUGUGGCGUUCCAGCAAAUCCAGAGCAUGGCAAAGUGGUUACAACCGAUCACCUGUUCGGUGCAAGAGCAAACGUGGUUUGUGAUGAUGGGUACCGCGUGGCCGCGCGCUCGCCGCUCGUGCACUGCCUGCUCAGCGGGAGCGGCGUCGCCUGGAGCAGAGUCCCCGCGUGCCAGGCCAUUGCCUGUGCUCCCCCUCCGGCCGUCCCCAACGCGACGCACAACGGCAGCAGCUUGCGGGAGUUCGCGUACGGCUCCGUCGUGACUUACACGUGUGACCCCGGCCUGCACCUCGUUGGGGAUGAAGCUCUUCGCUGCACGGCUGCAAACAAGGAGCACGGGGUGUGGAGCGGCCCUCCUCCUGCCUGCAGAGGUGAGCACUGCUCCUGCGGCUUCCUCCUGUUGCAGUUUUUCUUGUCAGGCCGGCCCUCCUCCUGCCUGCAGAGUUCCUAUGAAACAGGCUCCCCAAAGCGCAUGGCGAAGGGGCCGGAUCCGCAGACGGGCCCGGGGUGCCGGCCCGGGUACACGCCAGCCAGCGGCAAGCACCUCUACACCGUGUGCCAGAACUCCACGUGGGCCUGGGACAGCAACUUCUGCAUCGGAAAGAACUGCGGUCCACCAGAAAUACCGAAUGGCAAAAUUGAUGAAAACGCCAAUUUCCUGUUUGGAGGGAUAGUUCACUUCAGCUGUAACACAGGGUACCGACUCAUUGGGGAUGAAACUGCACAGUGUAUCCUUGAUGGCACUGACGUUGUCUGGAGUCAGAUUCCGCACUGUGAAAUUAUUCCCUGUGAGCCCCCUCCUGCAAUUGCAAAUGGGCAGUUCACUGCUGAUGAGGGAAGCUUUACCUUUGGCUCCACUGUUACUUACAGCUGUCACCAAAACUUUACUCUCAUUGGAGAGCCCACGAUUUACUGUACAUCAGACGAUAACUUGAAUGGAAAAUGGAGUGGUCCAGCCCCUGAAUGCAAAGUGGUCCGAUGUCAAAAUCCAGAAGUGGAAAACGGGGAGAAGGUGUCUGGUUUUGGCCCUGUGUACACAUAUAAAGACGCAGUCACUUUUCAGUGUAAAUCUGGUUUCCUUCUGAACGGGAGCAGUGUUGUUAUUUGUGAAGCCAACAGCACGUGGCAGCCGCCCCUGCCGCUCUGCGACCCACGUUCCUGUGGUGCUCCUCCAAGCUUCACUUUUGCCGGAUUAGCAGGCGCCGUGAGCAGCCAGUAUGUUGUUGGAACUCAGCUGACUUACACGUGUAAACCAGGUUACGCUGCAGCAAGUGGCAAGUCUCCUGUCGUUACUUGUCUGACAAAUGCAACUUGGUCUGCAGACUCCAAGUUCUGCACACGUGCAGCUAACAAGAUCAUUGCUGCCAUCGGAUGCGAGAGCCCCACAGUUCAGAACGGGGCAGUUCACGGCUGGCAGACGACCUACAAAGCUGGAGAGACUCUUCAUUUUGUCUGUGAAGAUGGUUUCGCCCCCGAGGACACCUACGAGGCCCGGUGCCAAGCGGGGGGCACGUGGGACCCCCCAGUGCUCAGCUGCACCCGCAUCCGCCCGUGCCCCAUGCCUCCCAGGAUUGCUAACGGCCAUCACGACGGCCUGGACAUGGCGUUUUUCACCAUGGGAAUGUCCGUGGUGUACACCUGCGAUCCCGGCUACUACCUCGUUGGGAACGCGGUCGCUCGCUGCAGAGCCUCUGGGAACUGGAGCCUCCCCACGCCCCGCUGCGAAGAGGUGAAGUGUCCUCGGGCACCCAACAUUGCCAACGGGCAGCACAGUGGCCAGGCCUCAGACUCUUUUCCCCGCGGCACGCUGGUGACCUACAGCUGCAGGGAAGGCUACGCCAUGGUGGGGAACUCGUCCAUCAACUGCACGGACACCGGGCGCUGGAGCCGGCCCCUUCCCCGCUGCGAAGCCAUCGGAUGCGAGAGCCCCACAGUUCAGAACGGGGCAGUUCACGGCUGGCAGACGACCUACAAAGCUGGAGAGACUCUUCAUUUUGUCUGUGAAGAUGGUUACGCCCCCGAGGACACCUACGAGGCCCGGUGCCAAGUGGGGGGCGCGUGGGACCCCCCGGUGCUCAGCUGCACCCGCAUCCGCCCGUGCCCCAUGCCUCCCAGGAUUGCUAACGGCCAUCACGACGGCCUGGACAUGGCGUUUUUCACCAUGGGAAUGUCCGUGGUGUACACCUGCGAUCCCGGCUACUACCUCGUUGGGAACGCGGUCGCUCGCUGCAGAGCCUCUGGGAACUGGAGCCUCCCCACGCCCCGCUGUGAAGGGAAACAGUGCAGUCAUCCUGGUGAACCUGAGAAUGGCAAGAUUAGUUUCUUAACCGACCUCCUAUUUGGGUCAACAGUGAAUUACAGCUGUGAGGAAGGGCACAGGUUAAUUGGGCCGUCUAGCAGGCGAUGUGAGAUUGCUGGCACGGCGCGUGUUGAAUGGAGUGGCAGCCUUCCCAUUUGUCAGCGAAUUCCCUGCGAGCCUCCUCCAGACAUUCCCCACGGGAAGCACACGGGCCGGCUGCUGGACGAGUUCUCCUUCGGCACGUCUGUCACGUACACGUGCGAGCCGGGUUACCCGCUGCGCGGCGAGGCCUCCCUGCACUGCACCACGCGGGACGGGCACAACGGCGAGUGGAGCAGCCCGCCGCCGCGCUGCGGAGCUGGCUGUAACGCACCUCCAAGGCUGGUGUUUGCUGAGCUCAAGGAGGAGUUGAGCAAUCAGGCUGUGUUCGCAGUGGGGAGGGCAGUGGAAUAUGUGUGUCGGCCUGGAUAUGCCAAACACCCAGGAAUGCAGCCCGCUGUCACGUGUCUCCAAAACAGGACAUGGUCUGCAGCACCGGAGUUCUGCAAAAGGAAGCAAUGUCCUAACCCAGAGGUACCGGAGAACGGCAGAGUUGAAAUUCUGACUGACCUCCUCUUUGGGUCAAAAGUGAAUUACAGUUGUGAAGAAGGCCACCGGCUGCACAAGACCCCAGAUUGA